AUGGGGAUUGCUCCGAAGAUGAUCGUUACAGAUCAAGAUUUGGGCAUGAGAUCGGCUAUUGAAGAGAUUCUUGUCGGGACACGCCACAGAUGGUGUAUGUGGCAUAUCAUGCAUAAGUUGGCCAAUAAAGUUCCUGGUCGGUUAUUGAGGGACGGAGAUUUCAAGAAAGAGUUCAAUGCCUGCGUCUGGUCGGAUCUACUUGAACCCGACGAGUUCGAAGAAGAGUGGAAUGGAGUACUUGAACGUUAUGGCCUGGAAGACCAUGGUUGGUUGAAGACAUUGUACGACUACAGGCAAUUAUGGAUACCUGCAUACUUCAGAGAUUUCCCACUUGGGUCGACGAUUAGGACCACCUCGAUAUCUGAGUCGGAAAACAGCUUCUACAAAAACUUUUUGAAGCCACGCAACAAUAUUGCCGAAUUCUACUUGAAUUUCAACCAAGCUUUGGAAUUUCAGCGGGAUAGAAAAACAAAGUUGGACUACCAAGACGCUAAUGCCUUGCCUAUAUUGGCCACUACCUUGCCGUUCAAGAAACAUGCUUCAACGAUGUACACAGAUAGUAUGUUCAAGAAAAUACAAGAGGAAAUUGUUGAGGGUAAUGACAGAUGUCGCGUGUUGGGGUUCUCCUCUGUAGACAUGGUCGACAACUACAAACUUGGAGACAACCUUCGCAAUUCUUACUUUGUUAGACAUGAUAAGAGUGACGAGUCAUACUCCUGCUAUUGCAAACUUUUCGGAAGGCAGGGAUAUCUGUGCAGUCGUAUCUUCUUUUUGUUCAGGAACAAUGAAGUGAAAAAGAUUCCGGAUCAAUACUGCGCAAGUAGAUGGAUGAAGACUCCGUUAGUCAAGGCUGUUCAUGGUCAGUUUGAUGACACUCUACCUACCAAGGCCAUCGUUGAUGAAAGGCCCGAAGUUGUCGAGGUCCAUCCUCCGGAUGUGGUAAAGACGAAGGGGCACGCGAGCAGCUCCGCUAGUCGUCUAAUUUCCAAGAGAGAAAAGGCUAUCAAGGAUGCUACUAGGCCCCUUAGACGGUGUAAGGCAUGCGAUGAGUUGGGCCAUCACGACUCCAGAAAUUGUCCAAUGCUUAAAGAGCUGGAAAAGGAGAAGGAGCAGCGUAAGAAAGAGGAAAUGUUGUUUAUUGAGGUCGAUGUCUUCCUACUGUGA